AACAAACCUCAACCAUCUCCCUCAUCAUCAUCUUCUCUAUUCUCUCUAUAUAUAUAUAUAUGUAUCGCCGACUUUAAAAAGCUUCAACUUAUUUAUUUUACCACUAAUUAAUGGAACCAAUCACAUACACCAGAGAUCUUCCAUUGUUCUUCUCCAUCUUCAUCUUCGUCUAUCUUCUCGGUUACUUGUUCAUUUUCAAUAAAUGGACUCCGGAGUCUCGUCCUCUAGCUUCCAGCUGUUUAAUCUCCCUCCUCCACGGCGUCUCCGCCGUAUUUCUCGCCGGUAACGCCUUAAUCUCCGAUCCUAACCGCGGAUUCUCCUCCGCCAACACCCAAUCCCAAAACUCCGUUCUCGAUUUCAGCUCCGCUUAUUUCCUCGCCGAUCUCCUCCACCUCGCCGUCUUCCCUUCCCCCGCCGGCGGUGACUCGCUCUUCGCCGCUCAUCACGCCGCCGUGCUUUUCGUUUUCCUCACCUGCCGUUACAUGGUCUCCCACGGCGCCUGCGCUCUCCUCGCGCUGCUCGUUGUCGCCGAGGCCACUAGCGCUUGCCAGAACACGUGGACGCUCGCGGCUGCGCGUGGUUCAGACGCGCCUUUCGCGGUGGGUUUGCGCCGUUUCGUGACGCUGCCGUUUUACGCGUCGUACAGCGUAUGCAGGUGCGUCCUUGCGCCGUUGCUUAUCGUCAAGAUGACGUGGUUUUACGUCAGCGGAGGCGCCGAUGACGUCAUACCAAGAUGGGUUUGGGUCUCGUGGACCGUCGUUAUUGUCGUUGCCGUUACCGUUAGUAUCCUUUGGAUUUGGAAUCUAUGGGUACUGUUUUUUCAGGAAAGAUAUUCCAAAUUUACUAAAAAGGUUAAAUAAAAUAGAAUUUUAGAUUUUGUUAUCUAAUUUGAGCGUAAAAUAUUAUCUCUGAAUCAAUUAUGUUCAUGUAUUUGGAGAUAUAUGAUCAACACUAAUUCAAGAAUUAUUUUUAAUGCAAUA